AUACUACACAGAAAGAUGAAUUUUAGAAUGAAAAGAGCGUCUGCUUCGCCCUCUCUUCCCCGCAGCCCUUCCAUCAUCUUCUUCUUGUGGCUAUUCUUGUUAUUUCAGGAAUCAACUGCUGAAAAUGCUACCCUGGACCCAUCUGAAGUGAAAGCAUUAAACUCUAUAUUCCAAAAAUGGGACUUAGAAGCUGUGCCGUUGUGGAACAUUAGUGGGGAGCCAUGCAGGGGAUCUGCCAUUGAUGAUACUGAAUUUGAAAGUGAUGCUAAUAAUCCUGCUAUCAAAUGUGACUGCAGUUAUGAUGACAACACUACCUGCCACAUUACUCAGCUGAGAGUACAUGCUUUGAACAAAACGGGAGUAAUUUUAGAGGAGUUCAAGGCCUUUACUUAUCUCAUGGUUUUCAAGCUCGAUAUGAAUUACUUCACAGGUCCCCUACCUCAAUUUAUUGGAAACUUAUCUCAAUUGACUUAUUUGUCAGUUUCGCAUAAUGCACUCUCCGGGACCAUUCCUAAGGAGCUUGGAAAUCUGAAGGAACUUCUGAUGUUGUCUAUUGGUUCAAAUAACUUCUCUGGAACUCUCCCUCCAGAAAUUGGAAAUCUAGUCAAACUUCAGCAAAUUUACAUUGACAGCAGUGGAGUGGCUGGUGAGAUACCCUCUACAUUUGCUAAACUUCAAGACAUGGAAAUCAUGCAUGCAACAGAUGUUCUUAUCACAGGAAAGAUACCAGACUUCAUUGGGGACUGGACAAAGCUUGAGUCUCUGAGAUUUCAAGGGAACCGUCUUGAAGGUCCAAUACCAUCAAGUUUUUCUAAAUUGACCUCAUUGACCGCUUUGCGAAUAAGUGAUUUAGAAAAUGUGAGCUCAUCUCUUGAUUUCAUCAAAGAAAUGAAGAAUUUAACUGACCUAGGUCUAAGGAACUCAUUGAUAUCUGGUAGUAUUCCGGCUUAUAUCGGAGAAUUUCAAAGUUUAAAAACACUGGAUUUGAGUUUCAACAACCUAACAGGUGAAAUCCCAGACGCUUUGUUCAACUUGAGUUCUCUCACUUCCCUGUUUCUUGGAACUAAUAGACUUUCUGGAACUUUCCCUGCUGAAAAAAGUGAACAACUUAAAACCAUAGAUUUGUCAUACAAUGAGUUAUCAGGAAGUUUUCCUCCUUGGCUAAAGUCAGGCUUACAAUUGAACUUAGUGGCCAAUAACUUAACAUUUGAUAGCACAAACCGCAGUAUUUUUGAAGGAUUGGAAUGUCUUCAGAGAAACUUUCCUUGCAACAGGGAUGCUCCACCCUAUACCAAUGUCUCAAUCAAGUGUGGUGGGUCAGAGUGGAAAGCACCCGAUGGCACUAUAUAUGAGGCUGAUAACUCAAUUACCACUAAUGCCGCUAUAACAUCGUAUUAUGUAAGCAAAUUAGAGAAUUGGGGAUUUAGCAAUGUGGGUGUGUAUGGAGAUAGAGUUGCGUAUAAGACAAAUAAGGCGGAAGUUAGUGGGACUAACUACCCAGAACUUUUCGAGACUUCAAGGAUAUCACCGGGCUCACUUAGAUACUAUGGCCUGGGUCUGCAGAAUGGAAAUUACACUGUAAGUUUGCAAUUUGCAGAAAUGGUACUUAAAGAUCCAAGUGCACAAACUUGGGAAAGUACAGGAAGGCGUGUUUUUGAUAUCUAUAUUCAGGGAACUCUUCAAUUAAAGGACUUCGACAUAACAGAGGUGGCAGGUGGGGUUGAGAGAGCAAUAGAGAGAAAAUUCAAUGUUGUUGUGUCACAAAACUAUCUUGAAAUUCAUUUGUUUUGGGCUGGUAAGGGCACUUGCUGCAUUCCCUUUGAAGGUUAUUAUGGACCAUCCAUUUCAGCACUCAGUGUUGUUUCAGAUUUGGAAAGAAUUCCAUCAACUACUUCACCAAAGAAGAGAAACACUGCGUUGAUUGUUGGAAUUAUAGUUGCCGUUGGGAUUUUGAGCUUUAUACUUAUAUGUGCAGUUUUUUACGUGAAACCGAAAACAUCGAAUCUCAACGAGGAGAUAGUGCUUCUUGAAACAGGCCCUCGACCAAACAGUUUUCGUUAUGCUGAGUUGCGAACUGCAACAAAAAAUUUCUGUGCCACAAAUAAGCUAGGGGAGGGUGGAUUUGGAUCUGUUUACAAGGGCACUCUUCCUGAUGGGAGGAUAGUAGCUGUAAAGGAACUUACAGUAGCAUCUCAACAUGCGAAGACCCAAUUCAUAACAGAGAUCACUACCAUAUCUGCAGUGCAACAUCGGAACCUCGUGAAAUUGUAUGGAUUCUGUAUCAAAGGAAACAAACGUCUCCUGGUUUAUGAAUAUCUUGAAAACGGGAGCCUCGACCAUGCUCUCUUUGGGAAAAGGGAUUUUCAUCUUGAUUGGCCAACUCGCUUCAAUAUAUGCUUGGCAACAGCAAGAGCAUUAGCGUAUCUUCAUGAAGAAUCAAGGCCAAGGAUAGUACACCGAGAUGUCAAGGCUAGCAAUAUUUUGCUAGAUGAAUGCCUCUGCCCCAAGAUAUCUGAUUUUGGAUUGGCAAAGUUGUAUGAUGACAAGAAAACCCACAUUAGCACCCGAAUUGCAGGCACCAUUGGCUAUCUAGCACCAGAGUAUGCAAUGCGUGGGCACCUGACAGAAAAGGCCGAUGUCUUUGGAUUUGGAGUCGUUGCUCUAGAGAUCCUGUGUGGAAGACCAAACACUGAUAACAGCUUGGAUGCCAAAAUGAUAUAUCUUCUUGAAUGGGCAUGGGCUUUACAUGAAAACAACCGAAGCUUGGAUUUGAUUGAUCCAAGAUUAAUUGAAUUCAAUGAAAAUGAAGCUACACGAGUAGUAGGAGUGGCUUUCUUGUGCACCCAAGCAUCACCAAUGUUGCGGCCAACCAUGUCAAGGGUUGUUGCAAUGCUUGCAGGAGACAUUGAAGUAAGCACAAUUACAUCAAAACCUAGUUAUUUAACAGAUUGGGAUUUCAAUGAUACUACAAGUGGCUUUUUGAGCGAAGAUACUCAAACAUCUUUUACAUCUAAUGAGAGUCCAAGUAAUCCCAAAUCUUGUGCAUCUAAUAAGAGUGCAAGCAAUCCAACACCUUCCCCUGUAAAUAUCUCUGGACCAAUGCUACAUGGAAUUGUUGGAGACUGAUGGUGAAGAAACUAUUAUUGCUUCUAUAAUAGUGUCCAUGUCAUGGAAGCUCCAUUCAUCUUGUUAUUAAAUUUUUUUCCUUUAAGCGUUUGAAUAUUUUCCUCGCUAUUUUUGGUUUUGGCAACAUUGUUGAAUGCAUAUAGACUUGCAUACCAGAAUAUGUGUGGAAGUUUUAAGACCUUCAAACAAUUGGAAGAUUUAAUGCUUAGAAGGUUUUAGGAAGGACAAUGUUUAGUUGUUGCUAUCAAAGCUAAUCUCUUGGCAGAUUGUUUGGCAUAACAUUAGCAAUUUUAUUCUAUCUAAUUCUAUACUUAAUUGCA